UUCAAGGAUUUCGGCGGUCGACGACGGUUUCACGGUGAGGUGACGACCGUGUCGUGCUACGAAAAUAAUCCUCUCGUCCGAGCGGCGCUCGAAGAGCCGGGGAGGGGGCGAGUGCUCGUCGUCGACGGCGGCGCGUCGACGCGCUGCGCGCUGUUGGGAGACAACUUGGCGGAGAUGGCGGCGACGAAUGGAUGGAGUGGUAUCAUCGUGAAUGGGUGCGUGCGUGAUAGCGAAGAUAUCGCGAGAUUUGAUGUCGGCGUGAAGGCGAUAGGGACGCACCCGUUGAAGAGUAGUAAGCGGGAUCCGGGACGUCGAGACGCGCGGGUGAGUUUCGCCGGCGUCGAUUUCGAGCCGGGGAGCUACGUGUACGCCGACGCCGACGGUGUGGUCGUCGCCGCGAAGAAAUUA